AUGAAAGUGUGGGGAGUUUCCUUUUUUGUUGCUGCACUUGCUGCUCUUAUCAAAGAAAAAGUUGAUUGUAUUGAAAUUAGUGCGAGUGAGAUAUCACCUCAUGAAACUAAAUCAACAAACUCUUCACUAUUUCAAGGUGAAACAAAAUUUGAUGAGUCACUUAAGAACUUUUUCAAACAGAACAAUAAGAAUGAAGAAGAAAUAGAAAGAGAUAAUUUCUUUGAUGAGAACAAAAACUUUAUAAGAGGAGAAAUAUUAUCAGAUAUGAAUAGUAAGUUCCUUGUUGAUGUAAUUAACAAUAGUACUUUGAAUUUUUUAGAAAAUUUAAAUGCAGAUAAUGAAGGUGAGAAUAAAGAUUAUCAAAUAGAACUUGAAGAAAAUUGUUCUCCAUUUUAUUGUGAGAAAAUUAUGAAGGCAAAGGAAAUUGAAAGAAUAGAUGAUACAACAAAUAUGUCAGAUAAUAUAAAUGGUAAUAAUAUGAAUAAUAUAAAUGGUAAUAAUAUGAAUGAUAAUGUUAUGAAUUUUGAAUCUAAUAUGGAAGAAAAACAAAACAUAAAUGAAAACGAAAGAAACAUAAAACUACACGACAAUAAUAAUAGUAAUAAUGUGGAUAAUAAUUUAGUAAGGAAUAUGAACAUCAUUCAAGAAUUUUAUAAUUAUGAUGAUGAUAAUAAUAAUAAUAGUUACAGUGAUGAUGGUGUAGAUGCUUUAUAUGAACGAUCUUUAGAAGAUGGAAAUGAUAAACAAAGAAUUGUUUUAACUGAUGGAAAUAAUGUUUAUGUUCUAGAAGAAAUUAAACAAAGUGAUAAUAAUAACUCAACAAUGAAUAAAGAUGAAAAUGAUAUAAAUAAAAUCACAAAUGUUGAACAAGAAAUUAAAAUGCAUAUACCAUCAGAUGAAAAAUAUAAUGAAGAUAAUCUAUUAGAAAAUUUUAUGAAUUAUUUAAAUUUGGAAGAUUCUCUUUUAAAUAAUAUUGAUGAUGUAAUGAAUAUACAAACUGAUAGAGAAACAGACAUACACCCACAUAACAAUACAAAUGAUAGUAAUAAUAAUAAUAAGGAGAAUUCUUAUUAUGAUAAUUCUCAUUAUGAUAAUUCUCAUUAUGAUAAUUCUUAUGAUUCAAAUAUUUCAAACAAAGAACAAAAUAAUGACCAAUCCUUUUUUGAUGAUAAUAUCUUUAAUCUAAGUGAAGAAGAAUUAUCAAAAAAAAUUUUCGAUGACAUAAAAAUGAACAGUGAAGAUAAAAUCGAAUGUCAUAAUUUUUCAGAUAAUGAAGAUAAAUGUAAUAGUUUUAAAAAAUGCACCUAUGUAAAUAUUGAUAAUAAGGAUACAUGCUUCCUUGAUUAUAAUUAUAUGCUCUUCUUAAAAAAUAAUAACUGUGCCUUACAAUCAAAAUCAUCUUUGUUAUCUAUAUCGAAGGAUUUAUUAAAGAAUGAUAUUAUAAGCAGACAAAUGUUUCAACUAUUAAGGAAUAGCAAUAACAACAAUUUUAUUUGUGAUACUGUCACUUAUUCUUUCUUAACAAAUGUAGUUGAUAAUACAAACUAUGAAGAAAUAUUUUCAUAA